AUGUCUACACGCAGAGAGCGGAUAAAUGAGCAAUUUGAGGAAAUAAAAGCCAAGGUAGACGCUGAUCAAGAUAAACGCGAGCGUCUAAUUAAAUCUUCUCGGGAUAUCACUGCAUUAAGCAAAAGGAUGAUCUUCUCUCUACACAGAGUGUACAAACUACCCCGUAUUGAACAAUUCAAGCAGUUCGAUAAGAUACGAAAUGAUCAAUUCAAACAGAUACAGGAUAUCUGGUUUAAUAGGGUCGCUAUCGAGUUUGACUAUCAGGAUGAACUUACGCGAUUAAAUGUCUCUCAGAACUUCUCUAAAUUCGUCAGCGCCGGUUUAGAGGAAUACAUAGAAGCAUUAUCAUUCAUGGAGUUCCUUGAAAGUGAUAUGCUCAUUACGAUAGAUAAAGUUCAGAAUGUCUUAACGAAAGAGGGUAGCGAAAGAGCAGUGGUGGAGGUACAACCAUCUGAGUAUCUAGGUGGUAUUGGUGAUCUUACAGGUGAACUCAUGCGUAUGGCGAUUCAAAUACUCGGUUCAGCCGACAUUUCCCUCAUCGAGAGGAUAGUUGAGCUCAUCAAAAGCGUUAGAGGUAUUUUGGAGGACAAUCAAAAUCACUUUAACCUUCAGCAGAAAAUUAAUACCCUUGAGAACAGUCUAAAGAAGAUUGAAGACACCCGAUACACGUAUGAAGUCAGGAAGGCGGAAUUCAAGGACAACCCAGAAGCUCUCAAGAGAAUAGUAGAACAAUGUAGAAAUGAAAGUGGUUGAGCAAUCAACAGAGCUAUUAAAA